GCAAAACAAAUUUUAUAAAGUUUUUAUCGCCUGUCGAGAUGCCCCAUUAUAUAUUAAUAAAGUAUUGGUAGCAAAAUAUAUCCUUUGUACUCGAUCAACAGUGGGAUAGCAGUAUAGAAUAUACAUAAAUUUGUGCUAAUUGAGAAUUGUUCAUUCAAUAAUUGGUGCCGACUUCUUAAUCUCUACAAUGCCGGUAGAUAUAAAUCGAUUAACAGAUGGAUGGCUGGAAUUAGAGUCUGACCCAGGAUUAUUUACCCUGCUUUUGGAAGAUUUCGGAGUCAAAAAUGUGCAAGUAGAAGAGGUUUAUGAUCUACAUAAACCAAUCGAUGGACCGGUGUAUGGAUUUAUUUUUCUAUUUCGAUGGAUAGAAGAGAGACGAGCUAGAAGAAAAAUUGUUGAGGCCACUGCUGAAAUAUUUGUGAAAGAUGAAGAAGAAGUUUCAAAUAUAUUUUUUGCACAACAAGUAGUCCCAAACAGUUGUGCAACGCAUGCCUUACUAUCUGUCCUUUUAAAUAGCAAUGACGACGACUUAAACCUUGGAACAACAUUAAGUCGUUUAAAAGCUCAUACAAAAGGAAUGUGUCCGGAAAACAAAGGAUUGGCUAUUGGCAAUACACCUGAAUUAGCUUGUGCUCAUAAUUCACAUGCAAUGCCUCAAGCAAAACGGCGCUUGGACAAAAGUUCUAUUUCUGGAGUAUCUACCGGACGUUGUACAGGAGAAGCAUUUCACUUCGUUAGUUAUGUUCCAAUUAGUGGGCACCUAUUUGAAUUAGAUGGAUUAAAACCUUAUCCAAUAGAUCAUGGGCCUUGGAAAGAUCACGAAGACUGGACAGAUAAAUUUCGUUGUAUUAUGGCUGAUCGAUUAGGAAUUGCUACGGGUGAACAAGAUAUACGAUUCAAUUUGAUGGCUGUUGUACCUGACCGUCGAAUUGCUAUUACACAUAAGUUAAAAAUGUUGCGAACAAACCAAGCUAUUGUUUCCGGGACGUUACAAAAGCUUUUAAAAACCAGCGAUCCUGAAUGCAUAAAUACUCUGCAACUUGAUAUGAACACCCCUGGAACAGCUGAGUAUAAAAUAAGUUCACCACCAUCUCCUGUAUUAGAAACGAAUGCAUUUACAAUAAGAGAUUUACAAUCUUUAUUAAAAAAUCUGGAUGCAGAAAUUUCUAUUAGCGAACAACAACUGAAUGACGAAAAUGAUAAGAGAUAUAUGUUUAAGGUGGAUGACUGUCGACGAACCCACAAUUACGACGAAUUCAUAUGCACUUUUCUGUCGAUGUUAGCACAUCAAGGCGUGCUAGGAGAAUUAGUAAGUCAACAUUUACUUCCCUCAAAAAAAAUUGGUGGACUUGGCGGAAAUAGGAUGACGAAAGGCUCAGCUCAAACUGUUACACCACAAAAACCAAAAAACUGCAAAACUUCUAAAAAUUCUGGGCGAAGACGAAAAGGCCGCAAUAAAUGUAAAAAAAGAAAAUAAUCUUUUAAACUUAACUAAUAAAAAUCACUAUCGGCUUAAAAUUGUAAUAAGCACUAAAAGUUUAAAAAUUGUGCAUUAAUUAAGAUGAACUUAACAUUUAUUAUAACACAAGGGUUAAUGUCCAGGUCUUCACUCUGGCACUUUGAAAUUUCUUUUGUUCAUAGCUUAAACUAAUUAAUUAUCUUUUGAUUUAAUUCGAAUACUUCUAUCACGUUCAGCCGAACAAUUUUCUACUCGACUUACACUCCUGCUCUCUGAGAAACUAUAUAUAAACAUUUAGCAAUAGAUAUCGAAUUGCGUGGAAACACUAACUUUACAUAUGCAGACUAAUUUAUCUUUUGGAAGUUUUCAUAAACCCAUACUGGCAGUGUAUUUGGAAAUAUUCCACAACCUUAUAUUCAGCUGCAAAAUCGAUUUAGCUGUAACGUGUAUAGAUCGUGGAAAGAUAUACAAUCCAACAACGAGUUGAAAUUAUCUAGUCUAGUGGAAUACUUUGAAUCCACAGGCAUAGUACAAAAUAAUCCCGUGCCAGUGCAACAAAGAAGUGCCCGCAGUGUCGAUAAUAUUGCUGCCGCUGACGAAUCAAUUGAAGAAGCCUCAUAUCAGUCUCUCACAUGUCGUUCUUAAGCGUUGGGCAUCUCUGUGAUGUUGAAAAUUGGCGCAAGAACUGAAGCCGCAUGACCACCAUUAAGUAAGAAAAAUGUUUUGAAGAAAAAGGCCAAACAAAAUAUUUUGUAUUAAAAAGAAAAUAGAAAGUAAUGUUGUAGGAAAGAUUAAUAAUAAUAAUAAUAAUUGACAUAAACAAUACUCACUUCAAGAAACACUUCAAAUAAGAACUCUUUCCUGAAGUGAAUAUAAAUUAGUCACACAUUUCUGCUGGCCAAGCAAAUAAUUCCAUUAUGCAUUAUGAAAUUAGAUACACCAAAACUUAUAGCGUAUACAUACACAUAAGUGCCUGCGCGCACAUAAAAUUAGAAUGUAAGCUGCACAGCUUGAAAUAAAGAUUAGUUCAGUUGAUGUAUAGACCUAAGCAAGGAA